AUUUUUUAUUUUUCAGAGAAAUGUAGAAUGCUUGCAUAUCAACCUUGGCUUAUUUAACCUUAGUAGAUUUAUCAAUAAUCAUUAAUUCAAUUUGUAAACAAAAUAAAACUUUGAAACUGUGUACGUCAGAGUUAUGUAAACAGUGUACUGCUUCUGCUCAAACAUAUUCUAUUGUGAGAACAAGUUCAAGAUAUUGAUGUCUGUACACUGGCUAGCCUGAGCGGCCUCCCACUGUGGCGGCAGUAUGAGCCACGCCCCCCGACACUGGCGGCGUGGGGGCGGAGUAGUUCUGUACCAGACAGAUAUGCUGGUGAGCCGGAUACUGAGCUCCUACCCGAUCUUCACAUUGGAACCGAGCUGACCCAACCUCGUCGUUUCGGCUCCUCAUACCUUCUUAGACCAAGAACACCAAACCUGCUCAGGCACUAUUCUGUAUCUACUGAUUGUGUACAGUCAGAACAUCAUGGGCUGUUUUCCCGCCCAAACUAUCAAAAUGGCGGACUCCAAGAUGGCCGCCAGUCAAGCAUGUUGCUCAGACCUGACUGGGAACCCAGGAUAUCCCGUAUGCCUCCCCUAGAAACCAGUUACAGAACCAAUAUUUCAAACCAAGAUAUAAAUGACAGAUUCCUUAGUGAUAGUUACCCAUUAGAGACUAGUGGUGGUCCCUACAGGCAUUCAAGAGAAUUGCAACUUAGAUCACGUGACCCGUCCCUUUUACGUGAACGUAGGAAAAAAACUGUUCGGUUCGACUCAGGAAAUUUGUCAGAUGAAAUUUAUGAGAGUGAGGCAGAUCUAUCAGAAGGCUGGCUUACUCUACAUGACCAGGGUCUGCGCCGGAUAAAACGCCAUCCUUGGACAGUUGGAACCUUUCCUGGUCGCAGUAUACCUCAUGCUCCAGGAUCCAUCCAUCCAAACCAUCCUCACUGGGACAGGCAGGAGAGCCAGGAUAGUACUGCAAGGGAUUCUGGUAUAGAUACAUCCAGCUGUUUUACUGGUAGUGAGGACAGUAAUCAUAGAGAUCCCAGGAAUAACAAGGGGUUACAGGGUGGUGCUGCUGGGUCCAGGAUGGUUGCUCAUAUUCGUCUUCAAAACUUCCCACAAACCUAUCCUUCAGAUAUACAAGCUAGUAUAGGACUCAAAAUAAUUGGUGGAAACCUGCUGCCCAGCAACAAGUACGGCGCUAUUAUUGAGAAAGUAAAAAAGGGAAGCGCAGCUGACAUUGAAGGUCGUCUUCUUCCAGGGGAUGAAGUUCUAGAAUGGAACGGACAUAGUCUUCAAUCUAAGACUAGAGAGGAGGUUGAGGAUAUCCUAGCUCUAUCUGGAGGGGGUAGAACAGUUGAAAUGUUGGUGAGAAGAGAGACAACCAGAAGUUUUUUACAAAAGGAUUACGAUGAUUUCUCCCGACCUGCACAUUUACCUCUAGCGGACAAUAGACUGGAUCGGAGAAGAGGGGAAGCGGGUAGGGGAGCUCGGUUACAAGUUAAGACCUGGUAUGACAAGGUUAGAUUAGAACUUGUUGUAACUGUUCUUGGUGCAGUAAAUCUCCCUCACAGGGACAAUGGACAGUACAGGAAUCCCUAUGCAAAACUGUAUCUUCUGCCGGACAGAAGUGAGCGGUCUAAACGUAGAACUAAAACCCUGGCAAAUACCAAUCAUCCUCGAUGGAACCAAAGCUUUGUUUAUCUAGCGAUCAGGAGACGGGAUCUUAGAUCUAGAAUACUAGAGGUCACUGUUUGGGACUAUGAUAGGUUUGGGGCAAACGAGUUUUUAGGUGAAGUAACAAUAGAUCUUGCUGUGUCUCCACUAGAUGAAGAAGCUGAAUGGCACUAUCUUUCCGCCAAUCAGGGCCGUGCUUCCCACCAUGGAGAUUCAAGACAAGGCUGGCUUUCAGAUUCCCCCGUUUCUGAUUAUGACGAGGGGUAUUCACUUUAUAGGGAUAAUCUAGUAGAUGGUAGAAGACGACGUAAUCAUCGGUCCCAUUCACCGCACAGAAGACAAAAACUAAAUGGACGUGAGGAUCGAUGGCGAAGUGAUAGUUAUGAUGAUCGGUGCCGAGAUGGUAGCUCAUUAUCUCACAACAGAUUCCAUUCCCUGGACAGCAGGUUGCCACACCAUGGAACACCGUUAAGUUACGCUGACAACGCAGACUUUAGUGAUUCUGAUUCUGAAUGGUUGGAAGAUAGGGACGGGUGGUCAGAUAGGAGGAAUGUCCCAAGGUCCGGUGAUUAUUAUAUUGCACGAGGAACACGACCGCGAGCACACAGCUACGAGGGCUCACGCUCGCGGGGAUAUCAAGGAGGACCUGAACCCCGACUUUUAUCUCGUGAAACUGAUCAGAAAAGUGCCUUCCCCAAGACCCAAGAUCCACCAGAAUCAACGGUUCAACCAUCCACAUCAGCUGUAGUUACAACCUCCCAACAGCAGGGGUCAACCCAAUCCAGAACCCGAACCAGUUCCCUUGGUCCUAAACCUCACCAGGCUCAGAUGCUUCAACAGCAACAGCAACAACAACAGCAGAUACAACAGCAUCAGGUUCAAGGACAGCUCCAGCGACAACAACAGAUGCAGCAACAGCAUCAACAACAACAGCAAGGAGCUGGUAGAGGUCGUCGACCUAAGCCUGGACAAGCAGCAGCUGCAGUAGAUGGAGAUUGGAGAGCUCCUCACCAGAAUAGUGUGACCCAUGUUGACCCUCAUGCUCCACUAGCUGGACUACCUCCAGGAGAAGUUGGUUAUCCAGUCAAUCCAGAGAUGCUCAGUUGUCUGAGUUUAUUGAAGGUCUUGGACCCGGUCAACUUGUUGGUAGACAGGUUUUGGGAUCUCCUGUCCUGGGAGAUAUCCAGCUCAGCCUGAUUGACCGGCGCGGGAACCUUGAACUAGAAGUUAUCAGGGCUAGAGGGCUGCAGACUAAAGCGGGUUCAAAACUGCUUCCAGCUCCGUGGGUGAAGGUUUACCUUGUAAGCGGGAAGAAAUGCUUGGCUAAAGCAAAAACAUCCCAGGCUCGUAGAACUCUAGAUCCACUCUUCCAGCAGCAGCUCAUCUUCAGCCAGAGAUAUGGGGGUUGUGUUCUUCAGGUGACUAUCUGGGGGGACUAUGGACGAGUGGAGGGUGCCAAGGUUUUCAUGGGAGUAGCACAAAUCCUAUUAGAUAACCUAGACCUUUCUGAGCUCGUGAUUGGUUGGUACAAACUCUUUGGAACAUCCUCAUUGGUCAGCGUACCACCAGGUGGUGGGAAAGACAGUGCCCUUCAGGAUAACUCUAAAACUGAGAUACAAAACCAGGUUUCGGAGGAGAGUAUAUCAGUUUCCGGUACAUGACACCUGGCCAGCACUCGGACCCUGCGACCAAAAGUGCGGAUAUACAUUAAAGUUUUUUCUAGUAGCCUUCUCAUACAGCUGUUCAUGUACGAGAACCCAACUCCAGGGGCUGCCAAGGUCCGGGCACACUCUUUAUAAAGUAUACGGAGGUACAGACGGUCAUUUAUCUCAAUGACCGGCCAACUCCUAGUCACCUAUUCACAGAUCGUCUCAUUCAGCUUGAGACAAACAUUCUAAAAUGUUCGUGUAUAAAAAAAGAAUGGACCAGCACUCCAACGUGAUAAAUUCAUUAUUUAGAGAUUAGAUCUUGAUGCAAGUGAACCUCAGAGAUGAAAAAUAUAAUCAUGGGAGAAUCUUCCCUCGGAAAAGUGUCCAAAAGACUUGGAAGGUUUUUGCAAGAUUUGUUUUUCGAUAAAACUUUUCAUUCAUAAAUAAUUCAGUCAUUAAGUACCUCUUUAAUCAUCUGUCAAACGCUGCAAGGAUAUAAUAUCAUUUUUUAGAAUUUAACUUUCCUCUUUAACGGGUUUUACUAAAUAUAGGAAAUUAAACUUUAGCUUAUGUUUAUUUUCAAUAAUAAUAGUUUUGAAGUUUUGAAAUGGAGUAAAUCAUUAUGAAAACUAUUAAACCUUGGUGUAAUCUGAUAUUAACUGACAAUUUAGUUGGUUUAAAAAUGAAGCGAUAAAAAGUUAGAGUUUAGAAUUCUAUGCCACCAUUUAUAUCAUUAACGAAUUUUAUGGAUAUAAUUGCGAUGCGAAAUGUUUGGUCAUCAAACCUUCAAAUUAAUAAUAAUUUGUUUUUGAUUUACAAAAUAAUAAUAAAGCUGCCUAAAGUCUGACACUAUAAUUUAAAAAGAUACGUAAAUAAUUCUUUCCAUGUCAGCAAAAACAUGCAUUAUAAAUUAUAUACAGGGUGAAACGUUUUGUUAAUUCUAGUUAAAUACUACCCCACCCCCCUCCCCCCUUUGGAUCAGAAUUGGGAACUCCCCCAUUUUUGUAUUGCAAAGGGGCAGUAAUCUUCAGUUCAUAAUCAAUAAAUCAAUCUUACUAUAAAAAUUCAAAUAAAAACUGAUUCAUAAAUUUUCUGAGCCCUCAAAAUUAAAAGCUAAACUACAACUUAAUCAAACCGUUUAAAUUAAUGCUUUAGAUGUAAAAAAUUGGCUCUGAAUAUUUUCUUUAACCUAUUUUUUUUUAACUCUCAUCCUAGGCUUAGUUUAUCAAUGUGAUCAAUUAUUUUAUUAUUUAGUAAAUUUAUUUUUAUUUUGAUCAUGUUUUCCCAAACUUUAUAUAUUGUAUAAUCACCAAAUUAUCAAACAGGACGGCUGUAAUUUUUCCCUAUUCAGUGUAUAUGUAUUAUGUAUAUCUUAUCUAUAAAGCAAACUAUUUUUUGGGUUUAUUUUGGAUUCCUUAUAAAAUGACUUGACCCCUAUAACUUUGAUUCAAAAUGCAAAAUAAACCCAACAAAUACCUGGCUGAGAGCUCAAGCUAUUUUCUAUUUCACGAACGAGAUUUUUAUAAUAUGAAUUAUAUCUAUAUCAAUAUACUUUAUCAAAAUAUACAUAGAAUAUUAA